AUGAGUUUCUUCGUAAAUCAACGAGCUCUGCUAGCGAAAAAAAAUCAUCAGGUGGCAUCAACGUUUAAAAUUUCAGGUCAAACGCAAGCGAUCGCUUCGUAUGCCCAACAACGUUUAUGGCUACAUGAGCAGUUCUCAUUUCGGGACUCGGAUUUGGCUAUGUACAAUUUGAUUAUUCCCAUCAUCAUAAAACGUGGCUCGCUCUCAAUCGAACAUAUUCGUUCCGCCUUACUGUCUGUGUUGAAGCAAAAUACCAUUUUGCGGACUGCUAUUCGCUUCAAUGAAGAGAGUGGUCAAAUAGAUCAGUAUAUUCAGCCUCUUUCCGAACAAUCUUAUUCAUUUGAACAUACUAAUGGAGUAUUCACACCAGAGCAGCUUGAUCAUCUACUAACGGCUGAAUCUAUCACAAAGCAUUUUAAUCUUGACAAGGGUAUUGUAGUAAGGUGUCAUGUAGUGCAAAGAAGUGAUGAUACUGGUGGAGGUCUUUUAAAACAAAAUGAUACUAUUGUCUUCGCCUUUCACCAUAUUGUGUUUGAUAACAGCUCUGUGACUCCAUUUAUCGAAGAUUUUGUUAAAGCGUAUCAACAUCGUGAGAGUUUUUUUUAUUAA